GCACCAGCUCUGGAGGUGAAACCUGACAAGAUGAGGCUACUGCUCCCUGUGCUCUGGGCUGUCCUGCAGCUUUGCGUCGCUGAGACAGAAUUCACCUUGAAUCCAGAGAAGGGUAACGUGGUGCCCCCCUUUGAGACCAAUGCCCCAGUCAGACAUCCAAACCCUUCCCAGGAGGGGGCGCUGUCUGAGUCUUUAAUGUUUGACAUGAAUCCAAACCUGAAGUGGGUCCCCUGGAACGGCACCCUGCCUAACGGGGCAGUGGGGAUCUUCAACGGCUACACCUCCCGCCCCGACUAUGUCUGCAAGUUCAACUGCGAGGCUGGCUUCUACACGCCCAGCAAAGGCAACUAUUGCCAGUACCCUUAUGCAGACCAGGAGUACACAGCCAUCAAGUUCGACAUUUUGGUCAACGUAGACCACUUUGAGUUCCUUGAGUGGAUCGAAGACUCCUAUGGGUCUGUGCCCAGAGACGCGGUCAAGACAUGCCCGAAGGCUGGCAUCUACGUGGGCAAGAACAAGUACGGCCUGGGCAAGGUAGUGCCUGAGCAUGAGGCCUUCUUCCUGCCCUGGGAAGGGGAUGAGUACUGGUACAAGAAAUACCAGGUGCUGUCCAUCAACACCGAGGCCUACAGCCAGCACAUCACCCACGUGGAGUACGGCGUUGACGAGGUCGAGCUCUUCCACUAUCCCCCUGAGACUAUCCAGCUGGCCAAGGUCACCAACUAUGAGUGCCGCGAGGUGGAGAAGACCGUUCUCCUCGAGAAGACCACCACCAUUGAGAAGACCUGGGAUAUUGGCCGCGAGACCCGCAACGGCACCGUCUCCACGAUGAAGGGCAAGGUUCCCAUCCUGAAUCCCGGCAACGUGGAUUACACCAAGGAGCAGACCGUCACCUUCUCUGAGGGGACCACAACAGUAGAGUCCAUCAGCCACUCCAUCUCGGUCCAGGUGCAAGUCAAGCCCAACCACUCAUGUACCGUGAGGAUGGACGCCAGGAAGAUGACGGCCGACAUCCCCUUCACGGCCCGCCUGAGCCGGACGUACGAGGACGGGAACACACACUGGACCACGGUGACCGGUACCUACGACGGUGUGAGGAUCGGAGAGAUCAACGCUGUGGUGGAACGUUGCCAGCCCAUCCCUGAUGCUCCUCCAUGCUACUGACGGGGGGGGGGUUUCAU